CAACUAAUAAUAAAAAAAGAGCCACCUUGACUGCUGGAUAUCUACACAUUUCAGGUACUGAUGUAACAGACGCCUCCUACCGGUACAUAACUCGGCCAAAACACGACGACUUUAAAUUUACGAUGAGCGACCCGAUUCCGAUCACUUCUUUUCGAAACUUUCCUGUGCGUCAUGAAUUUAUAGAGCUGCUGUUAAAACUUCAAAAUGGAGAGGAGUUGAAAGAAUAUCUGAUGCAAGUAAUUCCAAGAGAGGAAAUUUUGUCGAGACCAUCGCCACCAUCCGAGCUAGACCUGAAUGUCCUCAUUAUUGGUAUUGACUCAAUCUCAAAUGGCCAUGCACAGCGAAAACUUCCAAAAUCCUACAACUAUAUUCGUGAUGUUCUUAAAGGAUACAUAUUUAUGGGACAUAGCGUGGUAGGGGAUGGUACUACGGAGCAAUUAGCAGCAUUUUUAACGGGGAAAGGAGAACAAGAGUACAAAGAAUCAAGACGAGGAAAACCAAAAGCCAAGCCUGUGGAUGAUUGGAAUUGGAUAUUCAAAAAAGCCAAAGCACACGGUUAUGUGACAUCGUACUGUGAAGACAUGCCAAAAGUUGGAACUUUUCAAUACAGACUUCUUGGAUUUCAGGAUCCGCCGACGGAUUUUUACCCACGGCCAUUUCUUUUGGCAGCACACAGUGCAACGUAUUCCAGAAGAAAUCCACAUUGUUAUGGUAGCGAGAAAAUAUAUAAUUACAAUCUGGACAUCACAAGGAAAUUUUACGAACAAUAUCCUGAACGAAAGAAAUUCCUCUUCCACUUUCCAGCUGACUUAUCACAUGAUGACUUUAAUUCCGUACAACUAAUGGACAAUGAUUUACUACAGUUGCUGACGGAGUUCAACAGAAAAGGAUAUUUAAAUAACACCUUACUGAUAGUAUUAGGUGACCAUGGUGCGAGAUUUGGUGACUUCAGGCAGACACUGCAAGGAAAGUUAGAGGAAAGACUUCCAUUUUUUUCCAUGACAUUUCCAAGAUGGUUCAAGCGUAAAUACCCAAAAGUAGCAAGGGAUCUGAAGACCAAUACACAACGAUUGACAAGUUGGUUCGACGUUUACGCGACGUUCAAUCAUUUGUUUGAGUACCCCAAGAAGCCGGAGAGCCCCAAACACGCAAUAAGCCUUCUGACUGAAAUACCACUGGAGCGUUCAUGUAAAGAUGCAAACAUUCCCGAACAUUGGUGCCCGUGUGUGCACUGGUCAGCAGUCGAAAGUCAGCACGACCAUUUACAGAAAGCUGCGCUGUCAGCAAUUGACCAUAUCAACGAGCUGAAUUUUAAAGAGCAUUUGGGGGCAAAAAAAUGCUCACGACUUAGUUUAUAUAGAUUAAACCGAGCAGAGGUGGAGAUGCCGGCUGCGCAUGUGCUCAGGUUUCGCAGGUCGGGAAGAGAUGGUUAUGAACCACAGUUUUCUAGCAGUAGUAUCCGAGCGAAAGAUCGCUGUAGUUAUCAGAUAUCAUUUGUUACGCUUCCGAGCUAUGGCGUGUUCGAAGCAAGCGUACAUUAUGUGUACGGCAGGUUCCUUGUCAAGGGAAGUAUUAGUAGAAUUAACAAAUAUGGCGAUCAGCCAAAAUGCAUAGAACAUCUAUUGCCGCAUUUAAGAAAAUACUGUUAUUGCACAUGAAUCCGUAUCUUAGUAUACCUGUAUAUUGGUGUACCACCUUAAGCCAGUUUCCACUAGCGAUAUUUUUCGCACGAAGCGACUUUCCUUCUUUGUAUUUGAGCAAUUCGUUCCAGAUAGUCGCAGUUGAGAGCUCUGAAACAAAAGUAAAAUGUCGCUCCGCGCGAAAAUUAUCGCGCAGUUUUGACAAAAAGGGAAAUGCCCUGGGAACGAGGUUGAGCAAAUGCACGUAAGGCGAUUUCACGCAGAUAAAGUUGUUGUAAGAUUGUAAUAUUUCGCAAAUCGCCGAUAUUUUCUUGCUAUAGGCUGGAUUUCCACUAACACAGAAAUUAUACUGUAC